CGCGCCCCGGCCCGCCGCGCGCGCUUCAUGGCUGCGCAGGAAUGGGACUGGUUCCAGCGCGAGGAGCUCAUCGGGCAGAUCAGCGACAUCCGCGUGCAGAACCUGCAAGUUGAGAGGGAAAAUGUGCAGAAGAGGACUUUUACUCGGUGGAUAAACCUACAUCUGGAAAAGUGCAACCCACCGCUAGAAGUUACAGACCUGUUCGUUGAUAUCCAAGAUGGCAAGAUCCUAAUGGCUUUGUUAGAAGUCCUGUCUGGGCGCAGUCUGCUGCAGGAGUACAAAUCCUCAUCGCAUCGGAUUUUCCGCCUGAACAACAUAGCAAAAGCACUGAAGUUUCUGGAAGAUAGCAACGUGAAGCUGGUCAGCAUCGACGCAGCGGAGAUAGCGGACGGCAACCCCUCCCUGGUCCUCGGGCUGAUCUGGAACAUCAUCCUCUUCUUCCAGAUUAAGGAGCUCACGGGCAACCUCAGCAGAGGCUCCCCAUCCUCCAGCCUGUCACCUGGCUCCGGGGGCACAGACUCCGACUCCUCCUACCCCCCGACCCCCACCACCGAGAGGAGCACAGCGAUAUCUGUGAAAGACCAGAGGAAGGCCAUCAAGACCCUGCUGGCAUGGGUGCAGAGGAAGACGAGGAAGUAUGGCGUGGCGGUGCAGGACUUUGCGGGCAGCUGGAGGAGUGGGCUGGCUUUCCUGGCUGUGAUCAAGACCAUCGACCCCAGCCUGGUGGACAUGAAACAGGCUCUGGAAGAUUCCACACGGGAGAACCUGGAGAGGGCCUUCAGCAUUGCCCACGAUGCCCUGAACAUCCCCAGGCUUCUAGAGCCGGAAGACAUCAUGGUGGACACACCGGAUGAGCAGUCCAUCGUGACUUACGUGGCACAGUUUCUAGAACGCUUUCCGGAUCUGGAGCCCGAAGAUCCCAUGGAUCCAGACAAAGAAGUCCCCAUUGAGUGCACUUUUGUCCGCAUCAAGGACAGCCCUUCCGAACAGGAGAGCCGAGUGCUCUACCUGACCGAGAACGGGGAGCAGACCUACCGCGUCAACCACGAAACCAGCCACCCGCCACCUGCCAAGGUCUUUGUCUGCGACCAGCCCGAGAACACGAGGGGCCUCUGCCUGGAUGGCGUGUCCAGCCAGGCGCUGCUGGAAAGCUCCACGGAGUUCGUGCACCAGAUCCUUGACGAAGUCCUGCAGGCAGGCCAAGGGAAGACCAACACCACCAGUGAGCCAGCUCCAGAAGCUUCUAUCUUAUCAACCAGGAAGGAUGGCCGGAGGUCCAGCUCUUUGCCAAUCAAGAAGACCGUCCACUUUGAAGCUGACAUUUACAAGGAUGCCUCCUGCAGUAAGGACUCUUUCUACAGCCCAGACCUUCGCUUUGAAGGGACCCUGAGGGCCUCCCAGGAGCAGCUGAAGCAGGACGGGCACAUCUCACUGGUUGAGAUUGCUGAAGGAAAGAAGCCGGAACAGGAAGCGGGCCUGGCACUAGAAACGACCUCUGACAAGACCCCUGGGGACGUUGUUGGCACCGAUGGCAUGGUCCAUCCGGCUCGACCUCCCCAGGACCCCUCAUUCUAUAAUGGCUCUGUGGAGAGCCCGGCCGGCUAUGGUGACGACUCCUUGCCUCCAUCCUUCGGGGAAAAUGUGGUCAUGGCUGACUCCACUGAGCUCAGGGUUCAGCUGCUGGCUGUAGAAACCAUGGACAGCGAGGAAGGGUACUUUGAAAGCAUCCCACUGAAGGCCUCCAAGUUUAACAGGGACCUAGCGGACUUCGCGUCCACCAGCCAGGCUUGCAGUGAGGCCGCCCCUGGAGGGGAAGAGGGCUUCCAGAAUUAUGCUGACAAACUAGGGAAAAAGAAGGCCGGUUCUCCCCAUGCAAAGAUCGAGUUGUCCGAAGUGGAGUCCGGUAAGCACAAGCUUCCUCCUGAGGCCCCCGAGCGGGAAGGUCAGAGCUGUCAUCUGCCCCCGGGAGAGUCACCUGCGGAGAAAAAGCCUGAACUGUAUGAGAAGGCCAAGAGAAAGUCGUCUCGCCACAGCAGCGAAGAAGAGGGGGAGGCGGAAGGCCUCCCAGACAUCGAAGAGGAGUCACCCUCCAGCCCCCCGAGCACCAGCAUCAGCCUGGAGACGCUCGGGAGUCCCAGCGAGGAGGCCGUGGAUUUCAAGCCCUCCCCGCCCCUCUCCAAGGUCUCCGUCAUCCCCCACGACCUCUUCUAUUACCCACACUACGAGGUGCCCCUGGCCGCCGUGCUCGAGGCCUACGCGGAAGGUGGGGAGGACUUGAAAAGUGGAGAACCGGAGCCCCAAGAGCCAGAGUCUGGGGACUGUUUCCCUGACCUGGACCCCAGGCAGGAGGAGGACAACAGCUCCGAGAGCAGCAGCUUCUCCGUGCCUGGGGACAGCCAAUCCAGUGCCAGCGACCAGGCGCCCCUUGUCAACGGGGACGCCGUGCGGGUCACACCAACCUCAGGACCCGCCGCUCCAGACCCCCGUGAGAGCCACCAACCAAGAGAGACCGAAGAGAGUGGCCCUAUGCAAAGUCAGCAGCCCCAAGAGUGCUCAAACUCAGAACGCCUCGCUAGUCCACGAGAGGAAAGGGCACUGGAAGAGUCGACUAGCAGCAAGAAGAAGGAGAAAAGGAAGCACGUGGACCAUGUAGAAAGCUCAUUAUUUAUAGCCCCUGGGACUGCCCGCUCCUCGGACGAACUAGAAGAAGAUCCCUGUGAGCACAAAGUCCCUUCCAGGACUAGUCACAGUGAUUCCAGCAUUUACAUUCGGCGCCACACUAAUAAGUCUUUGGAAUUGGACCAUUUUAGCUAUGCUCAAUUGAGGAAUGCAGCCGAGCUAGACGACAAGAAAAACCGAAUACUAAACAGGUACAGUGCCCAGAAGCUAACUGAGCUGGUUUUACAGUUCUAUGGCAUCCGAGCAGACAUGAAGCAGCGGGCAUGCAGGCACGCCAGGAUGUCCAUGAAAGCCGCCGACUCGGGAGAAGCCGUGCCUCUGGGGAGCCAGAGUCCAUCCAGCGACUCCCUGACGCAGUUUGUCCAGCAGCCCGACGUGAUGUACUUCAUCCUCUUCCUCUGGCUCCUGGUUUACUGCCUGCUGCUCUUCCCGCAGCUCGACGUCAGCCGGUUCUGAGGCGCAUGCGCGUGUGGACAAUAAAAAAGCAAAAACAGGACAUUGACCAGGGCAGGGUUUUUCUGUUUCAUGUCUCUCCACCCAGGGUCUGGCCACUUCUGCACAUGUGGAAGAUCCUGGGGGACCUCGGGUCCUGAUCCUCCCCUGGUGUAACACGUGUUUAUCUCUGCUCGCUUCCCUUCGCUUUGUAAGAAUGGAGGACAGGCUUGCUUCCUAGGCUGUGUGCCCGGAGCUCAGGUUUGUGACUGGGUCCCUGGGUGAACCCCAUCCUGGUAUGCCUUGCUUGGCCAGAGGGUAAGCCCCCUUACUAAUGUGUGGCCCAAACCAGGAUCUUAGCGUGUGAACGUGCCAAGGUUUCCAGGUUCUGGAGAACUGAGUUACUUACUUACCUCUCAGGGGCAGCUCUGCCUGAUUUAGAGACGAACGGUGCCCACCACCACCAGGAAGAAGGCUGCCCAGCUUUGCUGCAAAGGUGGGAGAUGCUGCAGGCCGUGUGCCCGUUGAGUCCCUGUGGUGGGCCGUAUUCGGGGGGGGGGGCAUCCAAUGAAGGCUCCUGCCGGCUCCCUGGAAGGCACAUCCAGGCAUUGGCCAACUCCAAGGACAAGGGUGCCAGCUUUGUUGUGAGCCAAAGCACACUCUUCCUGAAUUCACCCUGGUUUUCUUGGGGGGGUGCGUUUUUAGUGUGAUCUGCAAACCUUCUCCACCAGUGGGACCCUCCUGUCGGGCGAAACCUGAGAGCAGCUGGUGUAGACGUGCAUUAAGGGCAAAGCGCUUGCUAGCUGGGGUCGACCCGAGACCCCGCCCACUUUGCUGCGCUCUCUGUGCGGACACUGAAGUCCCUGCAGAGCGCCGUGAAGGCCCCAAGGAGCUGGAAGUCACCGGGCUGAGAAUAAUCUCCCACUGAUGCUAGAGCCAGAGGGGUCCCUUCCCCUGUCUGGCCUUAGGAUGCACGUCUUUACUCCAGGGGCCCUAGGGAGCUGGUCACAAUGGGUUUCUUAAGAGACUUUCUGGAAAGCACUGGGAGGUAGAGUGGAGCAGGCAGCAAAUGAGAGCAAGAGGCGUCUCCUACCGUCCCAUCUUCCUCUGUCCAAGCUCCCUUUGUCCUUCCCCUGUGAAGACUCAGGUCAGACAAGGAUGCUUUGGUUCCCUUCCCCUUGUCCUCCCUCUCACAGGGCAGGUAUGAAGAAACUACAGCCUCAGAACGUGGAAAACUGAGUCAGGAGAGGCCUCGGGACAUCUGGCCUAGCUGAAAGCAGAGACAGAACAGGCUGACCAGGGUCAUGCAGCCCAUCAGGAAGACCUGUUGUGAGCACUCAGGUCAUCUGAUGCCUGGUCCAGAGCUGCCAGUUUUUGUAGGAAACUUUCAACUGGGUAUACAAAAGUCCUUAAAAAAAAUGUCAACACGAUUAAGUUAAAUGUUCUCAAAGAUAAAGAUUUUAGACCCUUGUUUUGUUAUUGUA